UUGUACCCUUGUCUGUGGUUCAUUAUUGAAAAUGUAUUGCUGGAUGAUGUGGUUUAGUUAUUAGUACGCAUUGGAUCAUUGUGGUAUUGGUGUACAUGUGCUAAGGAUCUCCCUAUUAUAUUACAUUAUAUUUUAUCAAUUAAAAAGAAGUAACAAUGGCAGAAUUUGUAGAACAAAGAUGCGAGGAUAUGAUUCCUGAAUUAGAACACAUGGAAAGAAUUAAACUUUUUGAUAAAAAUGAAAUUCGAGGAAUUGCAAAGAAACUUAAAGAAUACGAAUAUAAAAUUCAACGUCACCCAAGAACUAAAGAAGACUAUUUGAGAUACAUACAGUAUGAAACUGACCUGCUUAAAUUAAUUAAACAACGUAGAAGUAAAUUUGGUAUUAUUCAAAAAAAGGCAGAUAUUGACUAUGCUAUUACAAAUAAAAUUAAUCUUUUAUAUAAAGCAGCAAUAUUUAAAUUUCAAGAUGAUAUUCGUUUUUGGAUUACUUACAUAAAAUUUUGUAAACAUGUUCAUUUUCACAAGGAUGUUAGUUAUAUGUUAGGCAGAAUGUUGCAAGUUCAUCAAGAUAAACCCAAAUGUUGGCAUAUUGCUGCAUGCUGGGAACUAGAAGAAAGUAAAAAUAAAGACACUGCUCGUCAGUUUCUUCUUCGCGGUUUACAUAUACAUCCAACCUCUCAGUUAUUAUUUAUUGAUGCUUUCAAAUUAGAAUUAGAUGAUGCAUCAGCUAAUGAUCAGAAAAGUAAAAAUAAUGGUGACAAUGCAGUACCAACAGAAACUGAUGAUGACAUGUCUAUUGGAUUAAAAAGGGCAUAUAUCAUAUAUCAACAAGCAUCAAAACUCAUUAGAGAUAUCAAAUUCAUAAUAGAAUUGUUAAAUAUUACAAAGAAUCAUAAUAACACAGAAAAAUUACAAAAUAAAAUUGUUAGUAAUAUGAUAGAAGAGUAUACUCAUGAACCCCUGAUGUGGGAUACAAUGGCACGACGAGAAUUAGAAGGACUUAUUCAACCUUCUUUUAGUAAUACAGCGAUGCAGGUUGAUGAUUCAGAGCAAACUUCAUUAAGAGAUCGUAUAACAUCUUGUAAUAAAGUUUAUCAAACAGCAGUCAAAAAAAUUAAGACUGAAGAAAUGUGGUCUUUGUAUAUAGAAUGUUUAAUAGAAAUUAAUCAACAAACCAGAUCUUUAGCUUUACCAAAUUUUAAAAGAAAAUUAUUAAAAACUGCGCUAUCUCAGGCACACCAAGCAAAGAAGUUAAAAGAAAAAUAUUAUUUACAUUGGAUCAACAUGUUAAGUACUGAAAAAAAAGAUAAAACUACAGAAAAAAAACUUGAAGAAAUUUUAAGCAUUGCAACUGAAACUAUACCAAGUAGCGUAAGUCUUUGGCAUGCUAGGUUACGAUAUUUGUUUGCCUCAGGAGAAGAAGAAGAAGCUGAAGCUGUAUUUUUAAAGGCAACACAAGUUCUUGCAGAAAAGUCAUUACCUUUAUGGAAGAUGAAAAUAUUACACGUACAAGCAAGAUGUCCUGAGAAAACUGAACAACUUUUCCAAACAGCUUUACAAACACAUCCAAGUAUUGCUCAGUACAUAAAGAUUAUUUACAUUGAAUGGCUAGUUUUGACAAAAAGUAUACAAGCGGCGAGGAAAGUUUAUGAUAGUCUUUGUUUACAACCUCCUUUCUUUCUUGAAUUACACAAAAAGAUGAUAGAGUUAGAACUUAUGCAACCUGAAAUAUCAUUAAAGCAUGUGAGAAAGUAUAAUGAAAUGUCAACUUUACAGUUUGGCAAAAAUGAUGCAAGUAUUUGGAUAGAUUAUAUUACAUUUGAAAUGAAAUAUGGCGAUCCCAAAAAAAUUGGAGAAUUACAUGGAAGAGCAGUAAAAACUUUAGAACCAAAAUUGACAGACUCGUUUAUUUCAGAAUACAGUUUAAUUAAAGCCAAACCAGAUAUUAUUAAUACUGGCACAUAAGCAUAUGCAAAUAAUAAAUUUGUGUAUAAUGAAAACAUCAUUAAGUACUACAAUAAAUAGACAUUUUAUAUAUUGAA